GGCGUGAAGUAACGUUAGGUCGUCUUGUUUCCAUCGCUGAGGUAGAUGGCCGAUUCUGGUCGCUGCUUUGCAACAGGGUGCUCACUUUGAACACUCGGCUGGUGUAACUAGCCUAUGGCUUUGACAUAGCGGCGAAAAUCUUUGACAUUUUUUACAUUUUUUGAAAAGAAGCCUGCUCAUACGCCCCUAUAAAAAGCCUCAGAUGCCGUGUGCUCUGUGUCAGAAGCCUCAGAAACUCCCCGCGGGAUUGAGGAUGAACUAAAAAAUAUACAGCACGAAUAACAAUUUUUUGGACAAGAUGACGGUUGAAAACGUUGCUGUUUUCCUCUCCGUAGUUGGCUCAGCCGGGAGUUGUUGGGAGAUUUCACCGGAGCAUUUUCGCACCAGCUCAAAGAAAACACAGCGGAGAGACUUGUUGCUUCAACACGUUGGACGUUGCUUUUUUAAUCGUCAGCGAAGUUUUGAGUCUCUCCCUAAUCUGCUCCAGGCUUCAGCUUGGAGAGCCCAACCGCCACGAUUGAUCCCAGCAGCUGGAGCGGCAGCGAGAGCCCUGCCGAGGACAUGGAGAGGAUGAGCGACUCGGCAGACAAGCCUGUGGACAAUGAUGCCGAGGGGGUGUGGAGCCCUGACAUUGAACAGAGCUUCCAGGAGGCCCUGGCCAUCUAUCCUCCUUGUGGACGCAGGAAGAUCAUCCUGUCUGAUGAGGGAAAGAUGUAUGGUCGAAAUGAGCUGAUUGCCAGAUACAUAAAGCUUCGGACCGGGAAAACGAGGACUCGGAAGCAGGUGUCUAGUCACAUACAGGUCUUAGCAAGAAAGAAAGUUCGAGAAAUCCAAGCUGCCAUUAAGGUACGUCUGGCUUUGCCCAGUUGCAGGGGGCUUUUCAUUGCCAUGGUUACAGGCUCUUCCUUUGUUUUCCUCCCCUCCCCUACCCCGCAGGUGUCUAGUCACAUUCAGGUUCUUGCCAGAAGGAAAUCUCGUGAGUUUCAUUCCAAGCUAAAGGUUACAAGUAUGGACCAAGCCGUGAAGGACAAAGCCCUCCAGAGCAUGGCCUCCAUGUCCUCGGCUCAGAUCGUCUCUGCCACGGCUAUUCACAACAAGCUCGGCCUGCCAGGCAUCCCGCGCCCAGCCUUCCCUGGAGCAGGGUUAUGGCAGGGUAUGAUAUCGACUGGUCAGCCAGGAUCCUCACAAGAUAUCAAGCCUUUCACCCAGCAAGCCUAUCCCAUCCAGCCAGCAGUCACAACAGCCAUUUCAAGCUACGAGUCCACAGCAGCUCCAGCCCCUACGGCACCAGCAUGGCAGGGCCGCUCCAUUGGUACAUCUAAACUCCGACUGGUGGAGUUCUCCGCCUUCCUAGAGCAACAGAGAGACCCAGACUCAUACAACAAGCACCUAUUUGUACAUAUCGGGCAGACAAAUCAUUCCUACAGCGACGCCCUGCUGGAGUCGGUGGACAUUCGUCAGAUUUAUGACAAAUUCCCAGAAAAGAAGGGAGGACUGAAGGAGCUGUAUGGGAAGGGUCCACAGAAUUCCUUCUUCCUUAUAAAAUUCUGGGCCGACUUAAACUGCAACAUUCAAGAUGAUACUGGAUCUUUCUAUGGAGUCACCAGUCAGUAUGAGAGCUCGGAGAACAUGACCAUUACGUGUUCAACAAAGGUGUGCUCCUUUGGAAAGCAGGUGGUCGAGAAAGUUGAGACUGAAUAUGCGCGGUUUGAGAAUGGACGCUUUGUCUACCGAAUAAGCAGGUCUCCCAUGUGUGAAUACAUGAUCAACUUCAUCCAUAAGCUAAAACAUCUGCCAGAGAAAUACAUGAUGAACAGUGUGCUGGAGAACUUCACUAUCUUAUUGGUGGUGACGAACAGGGACACCCAGGAGACGCUGUUAUGUAUGGCGUGUGUGUUUGAAGUUUCAAACAGUGAGCACGGCGCUCAGCAUCAUAUCUACAGACUGGUAAAGGAAUGAGAAGCUCUGAGCUCCCCCCCGCCCCCUUAAUCCCCUCUUUUCAUAGACUUUCCAACCUCAAAACAAGUGGCAGUGCCUCUACCUGAAAGUCACACCUACAAUGCUUUUCGGUCAUGGUAUCGGGUUAAGUCCGUUGUUAUGAAUAUGUUUUUAAUAUAAGUGUUUGUAAUUUGACUGCAGCUGUGAAUUGCGGUACAGUUGUUUUAUGUUUUAAAUACGGGAAUUCUCAUUUAAAAAUAUGUUGAGUUGGUCUCUGUUGGGUAUAAAUGUGGCCGUUCCUAAAGAAUUUACUAGAUUAAUUUGGUAAAUGGAAAUAUGUGUGUUGUCUUCUUCUGCUUUGUUAUGUGGACUAAGAAAAGAAAAAAGGAUGCUGGCCUUUUCUACCAGUGUCCUGAUGUGGUCUGUGUAAUAUAUUUGAGUAUGUUUCGUAUGUCUGUAGUUCAUAAUUUGUGAGCAUACAUACUGUAGAUAUACAGACAUGCACCCACAGCCAAUAGAUUUUCCAAAGAAACAAAACUAACAACACUAAAUAGACAGUAGUUGAAAGCAAGUGAUCAUGGUUGUGAAUAUUGCUAAAUUACUGCUAUUUCUUUUUUUUUUUUAAAAAUCAGCCUUGAGUCGUAUAUUUAUCCCUGUUUAAGCACUCCAAGUCUUAGACACUAACAACAGAAUGAAUGCACUGUGAAAAUACUACAAACGUUUUGCCUGCAUCUGCUCCAAAAAUGUAGGAGGUCCUACUUCCUGUAAAGCAUUUCUGUGCUGCAAACGAGUCUUUGCUCUGUGAUAACUGAUAGGAGAAUUUUUAGGUUUUAGACAGGUGAAAGCACUGCUAAAAUUACUUUAACCGGACUCUCAUCUUGUCCAAAAGCACUUUGUUCCCCUUCCUGGACUUGCCUUAGUGAUGCUUACCUUUCUUAUUUUUUUUUUUCCUUUUAAAGAUCUGUGUUUUUUAAGAUAACAGUUUAAAUAAUCAUAACACUAUAAAUCACUUGUAGAGAGCAGGCCUUGUUCAGUAUGCCACGGCAUUGCCCCUGAAAGACUCAGAAUAUCAUUCCCCUCUGGGAUCACGGUGUGAUUAUAACUCCAAGCCAGAGUGUCGCUGCCUUUGCGUUCACACUACGUUCACAUGUUUCUGUGGCCUACACCAAUCCCGAGCCUUAAACAUGUUAUAGCUGUGUGAACUUCAGAAGAUGCCACUAAAACUGUGAUCUCUAUGCGGGAGAAAAAAACUCUUUAUAUGUUUGCAUUGUGUAAGAAAUUCACAACACAAUCUGCCAAAGUGUAAGUGUACAGUGCCUUAGAGUAUAUUCUAACAUUACCCAACAUUGCCCUUUGCUUUGUUUUAAGACUAAAAUCAGUUUUGUGGAUGAGAGGCUAAAAUCACUCACCAGUGUUACACCUAGUACAUCUCCACAUUUAAGAAAUUGUUUCUUAUAAUUGGUACACUCCUAGAAAUACAGUUUUUGUUGUUUUUUUUGUGAGGCAGUACACUUGUGUUAAAUUAAGUUUGCAAUUUUAAGCUCAGAAACCGUUACAAAGCUUCAAGAUUAUACAGGUUCUAUUUUUCUCUAACUCUGUAAUAUGUUCCUAAAGUAUCAGCCUUUUUCUAAGAGUGUACUAUAAACACAGACUGACUGCCUUUCCUGUUGUAAAAGACCAAAAAUACACAGAUACAGUCGAUCUCUUGUCAUGUCCUGCAUGGUAGCAAGGAAGUGCCUUUGGUUUAAAAAAAAAAUUUACAGCUUCAAAAACAUCAAAAUGACAGAAAUUUAAAAAAAAAAAAAAGUAAUGUUGCUAGACCAAAAAUGAGACAUAAGUGAAACCAAUCACCACAUUUGCCUUUUUAAAGGAUUGUAAUGAUAGCAGGGGGAAGCUGGUUACUAGUAAAUGAUAUAUUCAUUUUUAUUACAUUGUAAAUUGAUUUCAGAAAUAAUGUAUUUGAAGAAAAACCUAUUUCUUUGCUUGCGGUCAAAGACUGACAGACCUGCUGAUAAUGUACAGCAGCUGACUGCAUGCAGGAUGUCAACUCGUAAACACUGCAGCUGUCUGCUUCGUGCACACUUGCAGGUUCAAGUGUUUUUUUCUUUUUUCUUUUUUUUUUUUUAAAAAAAAGGUUUUUGGGAACAUUAUGGUUUCCUCUUUCCUGCGACAACACACUCGCAUGAUGUGAAAACCACAGAAACAUCCAACUUUCACAAUGUUACCUUUGAUGCAGGCGCAGCUGUUGACGAGGCAGGGACCAAACAAGCUUGUAUCAUUUAUUAUCUUUCAGAACAGAAAGUUAAUUUAAUAGUAAGCUAUAAAUACAUGAAUUCACAUUAUUCUAAAAUGUUUUAAUGUGUUUAAAUGGAAAACGUAUCCAUAAAAACUCUUAAAUUGUUUCCAAAACUGGGUCCUAAGUGCGCUAAAAGAUGCUGUUUCAUAAACUGAACUAAUUUUAAAACUACUAGUGUGGACGAGGCCGUCGAGGUUAAUACUUUUCACCAUAAGGACCAUAGCUACUCAAACAUUUACCGUUUCUAACAAGAAUUAUAAUCAUCGAAGUAUUUUAAUCGAAGAAGCUCUAAAUAAUUGCAGACAAUGUCUCUGGUGGAUGCAGAUAAAGUUCAAUCAUUCAGUAUUUUGCCACAGUCCUGUGGACACUGUGGAGUUUUAAUAGGCUUUUUCUUAUGUUUACCCUGUGUAUCUGUUCACAUUUAUUGAUUACAUAGUGAGAUGUUCCUGUUUUCUUAUUGUACUUGUAUACAGUUGUACUUGGUUUCGUGAUGAAUUGUAUAUUGCAAGCCCAAUAAGAUGGUAAUGAUGUUACUGCUGCACUGCUGGUACAUUGUGACAUGUGGUUUCAACACUAAAACAGCAGGACUGAUGCCUUUGAUGGCAUGAAUGUCUGGUGAACCAUUUGAAUAUAAAAUGGACACACAAAAAAAAAUAAAACAACUAAGUCAACGAAUCAUGCUACAAACAUAUCAGCAGUUUGGCUCUUGUUAUUUGUAAUUUUGUUGAAGAGUAGGUACUGGUACCUUUUUUUUUUGUUUUAUGACCAUUUUCAGAUGGUGGCUUUAAAGUGAUUUUUCACAUAGCUCACAUAGUUGUCAUACACACAUUUGGGUUUUGUGUGCAGACUUUUUUGUAAAAAGGUGCUUUGUACAAAAUGAUAUCUUAGCUUUUCUUGGUACAGAUGUGUGAUAUCUUUUCAUAUCCAUGACAGUAACGUUGUUGGAGCAAGAAAGAGAAAGGAAGCUCUGCUAUGUUUGUGUGUUCUGCAUAUGGUCUUGUCUCUGCUCUGUAACAUUAUGAUGCCUUCUUGAUAAUAGUAGAUAUUUUGUAGCUUUCUAGAUACUUUGUAUGUAUGCAAUAUUGAAGUUAAAUAAAUCUGAAAAAUA